CCUUCGCCCACUCCACCUGCGCCAUGGCCUCGCCCGCUCCCGACCUCGCCUCGCCGUCCAAGCGGCGCCGCACGCAGGCGCAGCCGUUCGGCGCCGCGCUCGAGGUCACCGCCGCCUCGGGCUCGCAGCCCAGCACGCCAUCCGCACGGCGCGACGCUGCCGGCGACAUGACCGCCUCGCCGGGCACCAGCUCGCAACGCAGCGCGGCCAUGUCGCACCUGCCGCCCGCGGCGCGCGGCCAGUUCCAGUCGGCGCUCGGGCCGCGCACCAAGGGCCGGCCCAGCAAGACGCGCCUCGUCGCCGAGGCCAAGGAGCGCCGCGCCUGGCGGGCGCAGGAGAACGAGCGGCGCAAGGCGCGCGGCGAGCCGCCGGAAGAGAACACGCCCGAGCCGGACCCCAGUGUGCGGCGGCCGCGCAAGAGCAAGAGCGGCGGCGGCACCAAGCGCAAGCGCAGUGUCGCCGAGGACGACGACGAGGGCGACGAGGACGACGAUGGCUCGGCGUCGGACGGGUACAGCCCGGCGGCACGUGCGACGCCCUCGGGCCGGCCACGGCGCGCUGCCGCUGUGGCAGCGCAGGGUUCUUUCGCCGCCGCAGAAGAAGAGCCGACGUCCGAGAGCGAGUAUGACGCGGACGAUGUGCCAGACUCCAAGCCGACAGUCGCAAGGGCGCCCGCACCGAGGAUGGCAGCCGUCGCAGCGCCUGUGGCGCCAGCUAUGGCCCCUGUCAUGCCAGUGCAGCCUCAUGUCGUCGCCGCACCAGGCGCACCAGGUGUACCAGCGCUUGUGCCUGCGCCAGAAGGCCCGCCAGCGGCGGUGCUCAGCUCAGAGCCAUUCGAGGACGUUGAUGCGACGUGCGCGCCUGGCCGUAAUGGCUGGAUGGCUGAGCCGCGAGAGGCAGAGAGAUGGGAGGUGCUGGGCAAGAUUGUCGAGGCGCUGCGGCAGGAGCGCGACCGACAAGGUCACAAUCUUGCGAUGAAGGCAGGGCUGUUGAAGCUGCCAGAGCCGGACACGCCGGAGGGUGCUCGCCUCUUCGCCAGGAUGGCCAAGCCGACGUCGCUCGAGGCGAUCGGCGCGCGGGUCGAGGCAAAGGAGUACGCCACCGCGCAUCACUUCGAGCUCGAUGUGCUGCAAAUGUUCGAGUCGUUCCGGCAGUACCACGAGCCGGGCAUGCCGCCGUACGGCGCCACGCUGCAUCUGCAGCGCUGCUUCCAGAGCAUCACGGCCGGCGAGCCCAAGGCCGCCAACGCGCGCCUGCGCCACUACGCCUCCGUCGCCCGCGGGCCCAACGGCGCGCUGCCGCAGGCGCCGCAAGAGGCUGGCCAGCUGCCGCUGAUCGAGUACAAGGGCCGUGUCGUGCGCGUCGGCGACUGGGUGCAUCUCGCCUCCUCGAGCGACCCGCGGCGGCCGCACGUUGGCUGCGUCUUCAAGCUGACGACCGGGCCCACGGGCCCGCGCAUCUUCGUCAACUGGUACGCGCGGCCUUCGGAGACGGAGCACUCGCACACCAAGACGUUCAGCCAGAACGAGGUGUUCAAGACGGCCGUCUUCGUCUCGCACGCAGUGUCGGACCUGAUCGACCACUGCGCCGUGCUGUUCGACCGCAAGUACCUGCGCGGCCGGCCGAAGGUGUCGGAGGACGGCACGGGCUGGAAGAGCACCGAGCGCGUCUACGUGUGCCAGGACCGCUGGAAGACGGAGCUGAAGAUCUUCAUCAAGAUCAAGAACUGGGCGCAGGCGAUGCCGGACGCCAUGAAGGGCAUCGACAACCUCGUCUACUUCCCGGAGAAUGAUCCGUGGGGCCCGCGCCAGCUCUCGCCGUUCCUGCGCCCCUUCGGCUUCACAGGCCCUGGCAAGCUCACCGACGGUCUGCCGCCGCCGGGCUUGCAGAUCCUCAGCGACUUCCGGCAGGGCGCGACGCCUGCGCGUGUCGCGCGUGUCGUGCCGCAAGCAGCGCCAGCCACGCCGAUGCCGCAGCCUCUGCCGCCGCCGCCGCAGCGCGCCCUGCCGCCGCCGACGUCGGAGGAGGGCGUGCGGCUGCGCAUUGCGUCGCUGCUGGAGCAGCUGCGCUCCGGCUACGGCCCGUACGCUGCCGACUCGGCCCUCAACGUCCUCGGCGGCGUUGCUGGCCGCGCCAUCAACGUGCUCGAGCUCGCUGUUGCCAUUGGCGCGCAUGGCUCGUUCGCGCUCGGUCUCCUGAGCGAUCUGCAGGCCGCGUUUGCCUACGUCCGUUCCAACGGCUUCGACCGCAUGCUGCCGCCCGAAGUGCCGCUGCGCUCGAGUGCUCCUCGCGCGGCCCCUUACCCGAUCCCGUCGGCGUGGGACGUGCUGACGGCGUACCACUCCGACGCGUACACCGAGACGCUGCCGCCCGCCACGCAGGCUCUGUUCGACCGCGACGACGCCGGCAGAGUGCGCUGGUACCUCGGCGCGCCCUUGGAUGGCCCGACGCAGCACGCUGUGCACCGCACAGGCGUGCUCAACGGGCCGCGCCCGACGCCGUCGCUCGAGUAUCUCGCCUUCCGCGCACAGCGUCGGGCAGACGGCGCAGGCCCUGCCACGCGGCGUCACGACGUGCCGAAGCUGUCGUCGGGCCAGACCAAGUCUGUUCUGUCGUCUCUUCCUGUCGCCAGUCUCGACAUCGACCGCGCGUUUUCAGACUCCCUCGACCGCUCCGCCGAGCACCUCUCGCACUUCCUCAGCGUCGAGCCCGCUGCGCCCACAGCGCUCUGAGCCUCCCCCCUUCCUGCAUGCUCCCAUCGUCACCCAUAAAUCCUACGUCAGAGGUCAGCGCGUCAAUCGCACAUGCUCGCGCAGUCAGCUCAGAAUGCUCAGA